UAUGAAUUUUAUUUGCUUGAUUGCUAAUUUAGAAUGUAAAAUGUGAUUUUUUUCCAAUGUACAAGCAGGCAGGUUCGGCUCAACAUUUUGGCACCUGCGGCAGGGAGCUCAGUGAUGCCCCCAUGCCUUCUCGCUUGGGCCAAAACGUUGAACGGUUUCAAUUCUCUGGGUCCUAGUGGCACCACCCCACAGUCUAGUACCUGAGGCAGCUGCCUCAGUUCACCUCAUGGUAAGGCCAGCCCUGCCAGCAGGCUUUCCAGGAGACCAAUACAUGAACCUUUUCAAAUUACAUGAACUGGCGGCAAAUGUAAAGCAAAUUGGCCUAUAGAUUGUCUUCAAAUUUCAUUGCUUCUCAGAGGAAAAUUGCAAAAUGGAAUAAAAUUUAUUGGCUUUAGUAUGCAUGAUUUAUCUAUUUUAUUUUGUUGCUAGCAGCAGGAUACCUAGCUAGACAGAAUUGAUAUAGUCGCCUGUUGUAGUAAGUUUUAUACGAAUGUUAAGUAUGGAAUAUAAUUUGUGCAUAGGUUUAUUCAAUGCAGUAGCAACUGGUAUAAUAUACAUUAGCUGGAUUUCUUGACUGUAAAACAUUGAGGUGAAGCUUGGGUAGAAAACUCAGUAUGAGUGAAUGUUUUUAAAAAAGCUUCCCUGCUUUGAUAAUGUUUCCUCAUUUCCUCCUCUUCCCCCACUCCUUCCCCCCCCCCAGAAGUGAUGCAGUUGUAAUUUCUGGAAGAAAACUGGCUCGGCAGAUCAGACAGGAAGCCCGACAUGAGGUUGAGCAAUGGGUGGCAGCUGGUAACAAGAGACCCCAUCUCAGUGUGAUUCUAGUUGGAGAAAAUCCUGCGAGUCACUCCUAUGUGCUUAAUAAAACCAAAGCAGCUGCUGAUGUAGGAAUCAGCAGUGAAACAAUCCUGAAGCCAGCCUCCAUCACGGAAGAGGAACUACUUGAUUUAAUUAGCAGGCUAAAUAAUGAUACCAGUGUGGAUGGCCUACUAGUGCAGCUACCCUUACCUGAGCAUAUUGAUGAGCGAAAGAUCUGCAAUGCUGUGACCCCAGAGAAAGAUGUUGAUGGCUUUCACGUGGUGAAUGUGGGACGUAUGUGUCUGGAUCAAUACUCAAUGCUGCCAGCUACGCCUUGGGGUGUAUGGGAAAUCAUCAAGAGAACUGGAAUCCCAACCUUGGGGAAGAAUGUGGUAGUGGCUGGUAGAUCAAAGAAUGUUGGAAUGCCCAUUGCAAUGUUACUGCAUACCGAUGGCAGACACGAGCGCCCAGGAGGUGACGCAACAGUAACAAUAUCACACCGCUACACUCCUAAGGAACAGCUCAAGCAGCACACAAUUCUGGCUGAUAUUGUGGUAGCAGCAGCAGGUAUUCCUAAUCUGAUCACAGCUGAUAUGAUUAAAGAAGGAGCAGCAGUUAUUGAUGUUGGGAUAAACCGAGUACAGGAUCCUGUUACUGCCAAAUCAAAACUAGUUGGAGAUGUGGAUUUUGAAGGUGUAAAGAAGAAAGCAAGUUACAUUACUCCAGUCCCUGGUGGAGUUGGGCCCAUGACAGUUGCUAUGCUGAUGAAGAAUACAAUUAUUGCAGCAAAGAAAUUGCUGAAACCUAAAGAGCUUGAAGCCUUAACUGCUUAAUGGUGGACUUACGACUUUUAAAAUAACAUUCCAAAUCAACUCCAAAAACAGGCCGAUAGAAAUGCAAUAUUUUUAUUUAUUGUAUAAAAGUGAAUUCAAUGACAUUGAAGUUUAAAUAUUUAUUUAAAGCAUCAGUAUACAAUCAUUUGUAUACAAAGGCUUUAAACAUCUAAACACCUGGGUCACUCCAUCUCUGCUUCGUUUGUAAUGAUUCCCAACAAACUAGUUACAGUCUAAAGCUUGAAGGAUGGAGAAAAUCAGCUGCAAGUGAUUUUUAUGCUAUAACAUUGUAGCUUAUACAGGAAAGAUGGUAGAAGAAGGUGCAUGAAGCUAACAAAUUUGAAAUCCUCUGAAAGGUUACGUAUAUCAUUCCACAGUGAAAGAUGUUCGGCAAGGUGAAGUGUUUUCAUAGGUCCUCAAAUCUGACCACACUUAUCUCAUUGUUUACUAGUACAGUAGGACACAAGAUUGUGCAAAAUAGUAUCAGGUGUUUAGCUCAAGUUAUUUUUCUACAAAAAGUUACUUGGAAAAGCUGCCGAGUGUUCUUUGAAACCUAUGUAAGUCUCUAACUUCGCAUCUAGCUAGCAUUACUCUUACAAGACCUCUUAGCAGGUUUCAAACAGGUGGAAAUCUAGACAAUUUUCCGAGCUACUGGGUAUGCAGAUAGACCAAUAUUCAGUACUGGGGCACAAUUUGGUUUUCUAUUUUUCUUUAGCCAAAGGAAAGAGGGAGAAGUUGGCUUUUCAUUGGGACAUGUGAUAUUUUCCUGGAUUACAUUGUGAGUCAUGGAAAUGCUUAAUGAAUAACCCAAGUAACUGAUUAAAAAUAUUGGGGAAAAAAUAAUUGCUUGGUCUCUUAGAGUAAGUAACAGUCCAUCUUUUGAACAUAUAGCCUGCCAGGUAGGAUGCGCUGUGUUGGAUAAGUUAUCAGGUAUUACUCAAAAGCUACUUUUAAACUUACUGCUCUUCUGUCAUACCCCAGCUCUUAGGAAGUUGGUAGCUUUUUUCCACACAGCUGACUCACUUCUCUUUGGUUCUGGUCAGACACAGCCAUUACAGCUCAUGGUUUGGCUGUCUAGUCUGACUUAGCCAUUUCAAUUUAUGCUGGUCAAAUUCACUUCUAGUUUUGUCAGAAGCGGAAUGCAUGCUGAACAAAGCAGUCUGAUACUUUAUUUUUUGGUAAGGUGAUCGCUUUCAUCUUUGUUUGAGUACAAGAGCCAGCUGUAGUUGGAGCUGCUGCAGCAGAAGUCAAGUGUAGUUAAAUUCAGUUUCUGUUGCUUCUGUGAGCAUUACACCAAAAUUUCCAGAAAAGCUUCUUUAAUGCCAUCACUACAGAAGGGACUCUUAGCUUACCACGCCACUAAAGAUAGUAAGCGUUAACUAAGAUACAGAAUGCUAUCUAAGAUACAGAGAAUGGAUUUAGGUUUUUCUAGUCAUGAGGCUUUGCCCUAGAAACACCAAAGUGCCCUAGAAAGUAGUUUGGAAACAAAACCUGUUGUUUUUGCUACAUCUGAAAGAGGGGGAGAGACCUUCAUUGUGAGCAAAAAACUCUGCUGCCUUACCUGUUGGAACAGGGAUUACUUCCAAGAACUGCAAGCUAGUGUGCUGCUGCAUCCAGGAAACACUAGUGUCACCUGGAUUUCAUCAUCUUCUCCACUAGACUGGUCUUCUCAAAAGAGCAUCCCAACAACUUGCUUUGAGUGAAAUCCUGGCAGUCGAGAUCUACGUUUAUCAUGAACACAUUACACCUGAAGAAGAUUUAAUGAUUUAUUGGAUUAAUGAAAUAUAAAAUAGCUACUGUAUUUCGUAGCUAAGUAGUCUGCAAGUCUGGUAUGCUUCAAAUCACCUUGCAUAUACAAAAAAGUGUAAACAGCAUGUGACAUUGCAUGGGCUUAACAACUGAUACUGUACUUUAAUAGUGUCCUUGAUUUAAAAGUCAUUCUUGUGCUACAUGGAAACUUAACUGAGUCGUCAAAGCUUUUUCAAUUUGCUUUGUACAUUGAAACUGCAUGGACAUUGCAUAAAGUAGAUUAACCUUUUAAAAAGUAAUUAAGGUUGUAAGCCUAUCAUGGGUUAGCUACCACAGACAAGAUUGAUUAUAAAAUAAACUAGAAAAUAUACAGAA